AUGAUCAUCACAUUCCAAUUGUUACUACUCGGCCUGGCACCUACAUUGGUGUUUGCGGCAGGAAACGUUACUUAUCUAGGAUGUCUUUUAGCACCAUCUACAGGCAUCUCGCGUCCAUUGGCAUUCAAUGCCAUAAACUUCCAACGCAUACCAGCCUCUCCAGAAAGGUGCGCAAGUGCAUGUCAGUUCGCAAAUGGUGGUCCUGCAGGAGGUUUCAACUACAACUACCCCAUGUUCGCGUUAGAUAACUCAGCGUGCUUCUGUGGAUUUCAUCUAGCACCUGGUGCGAAACUUGGUCUAAACAGAAUUUGCGACACUAAGUGCUCUGGCGAUGCGUCGGCUACCUGUGGCGGCGACAAGGCUGUUAGUCUGUAUGGCGAUGGCCAGUUCCUCUCGACACCUAUUUAUAUGGACGGGUUGAACUUUGAUAAGUGUUACGAGCUGGACCAGUCAAAGUACAAUGGUCCCAAGUACAAUGACGCGACAAACAUGACGGUUAACACUUGCGCCAACUUCUGUGUUGAGCAUGGCAGGUAUGGAAUCAGUCUCGACAAGGACGACAACUGCUGUGAGUUUCAUCCCCCAACAUAA